AUGAAGAAUAACUGGUCUAACUUCCAUCAGAUUGCGAGAAACUCAUUCAUAGCUACAUCCACCAUUUACGCUUCCACCGAAUUCAAUUUCUCAAACACUUCUCUUCCCGAUCGAAGAAGCUUCUGCUAUGCAGCAGCAGGAGGAUUUGUAGUGUUGAAAUCGGAGAAGGAGUUCAACAAUGCACUGAGCAAAGCUCAAGAUGGAUCUUUGCCGUCAGUUUUCUAUUUCACUGCCGCAUGGUGUGGACCUUGUAGGCUUAUCGCUCCUGUGAUACUGGAGCUAAGUAAGAAAUAUCCUGAUGUAACAACAUAUAAGGUUGACAUUGACGAGGGCGGUCUUUCAAAUGCCCUUGGGAAGUCAAAUGUCUCUGCUGUGCCAACACUGCAAUUCUUCAAAGGAGGGGUGAAGAAAGCAGAGAUUGUAGGCGUAGAUGUCGUGAAGCUGAGGACUGUCAUGGAUCAACUCUACAAGUGA